AUGUCACAAUCAACUAAAUUAGCUGUCGUUGGUACUGGUAUCUUUGCCACUGAUACUCAUCUUCCAACUAUUCAAAAGAUCUCAGAUUUGAAACCAUAUGCAGCUUACAACAGAACCAAACUGAAGGCUGAAGAUUUCGCUAAAAAAGCAGAAAUCAACGUUGUUUAUGAUUCUUUGGAAGAAGCUUUCAAAGAUGAAAAUGUUGAUUUUGUUGAUGCUUUAUUGCCAGUUCAAUUCAAUCUUGAUGCUGUUAAAUUGGCUGUUGAAAAUAAUAAGCCAAUUUGUUUUGAAAAGCCAAUUGCUGCUAACUUGACACAAGCUAAAGAAAUUGUUAAAUUAAGUGAAUCAUCCGAUUUACCAAUCAUGGUUUUAGAAAAUUGGACUUAUUUGAAAGCAAUUGAUGUUUUAAAGAAAGAAGUAUUACCAAAAAUUGGUGAAAUUACUGCAUUUACUUACAAUGCUACCGGUCCAUUCAAUGAUACCAACAAAUAUUUGGCUACUGGUUGGAGACUUAAACCAGAACAUAUUGGUGGUUUUUUAAGUGAUGGUGGUGUACAUCAAUUGGCCUUGUUGACUGAAGUUUUGGGUGAAGUUGAAUCAUUAAGUGGUUUAACUAGACAAUUACAAGAACAAAGUGGAACUGAUGAUGUUUUGUUUUCUACUUUGAAAUUGAAAUCUGGUGUCAUUGGUACUUUCACUUAUGGUUCUGCAUUUGGAGCUACUGAUAAAUCUACUUAUUUCAAGAUCUUUGGUAAGAAUGGUAGUGUCACUUAUGAUUGGUCUCCAGCUUUGAAAACACCAACCAUCACUUAUGAAACUGGUGAAACUGCAGGUAAAGCUUCUUCUAAAACUGUCAUUGAAGUUGCUGAGGUUGAUACUAUUGAAGAAGAAUUUAAAAACUUUAGAGAUGCUGUUGUUAAGAAGGAUAAGAGUAUAGUUAGAGUACCUCCUAGAACUGCCUUCCAUCAUUUGGCUAUUGUUGCUGCCGCUUUGGAAUCUUCAAAGAAUGGUGGUUCUAACGUUAAAGUAGAAAACCCAUAG